CAUCAGAUACAAGACUUGCGACCGCAAGACCGACAUGAAUACGUUGAAAUUACACCCGUUGUCUUCAUUUCUGCCUGUCGAGACGCUGGACCACAUAUUUCGCAAUCUAAGCCGCGAAGAGCUCUGCCCCGUCUUGCUGCUCAACUCUUUCUUUCACGACGCCGCCUCCCGCGUGCUCUACCGCUGCAUCGCAGAGCUCACAGCAAAGCAAGUCAUCAUCCUUGUCAGGACCCUUUCCAAAAGCGACAUCUACCCGCCUCUCGUCCGCGAACUCAUCAUCGGGCUGGAGGAAACCCGCGUCACUGGCAAUUUCUUCCGUCUGCUGCACCGGGCCUUACAGCGGCUGAACGCCGUCACGUCUCUCACCAUCGAGUUCUCUCACUUUGAUAACACGCGCGAACUAACAUGGAUCUUUGACGGAUGCGUCUUCUCUCUCAAAUCGUUCACCACCUCGAUUCGCUCUGACCUCUCCCUCGCGAACUUCCUGGGGAUGCAGCCCGACAUCACUGAACUAUGUCUGCGCGGAUUUCAGUCUGGCCAGCCAUUCACGCUGCCGACGUCGGCGCUGCCAAAGCUGAAAAGCUUUCGCGCCGUACACUCUGGCCCGUGCCUCCUCACGGAAAUUAUUCGUGGGAGACCUAUCGAGGGUGUGUCUCUAUCACUAUACGGUGGAGACACCUUUCAGUCUCUUGACACACUCCUUCUCUCCACAUCGACCAUCAGGAGAUUGACGAUCAUGUCAUUCGACACCGAUAAACCAAAUAUACUAUUACCAGAAGUCGCCGCACGCCUCCCAGAGCUGGAGGCGCUCCAUAUAGUCGUAUUAAUGGCGCAAUACACGCUGGAUGUACUGCGUGAAGCUAGCCCUCUUCUCUCUAGAUUUAGGGCCCUGCGAUACCUGACUUUCAUGGCGCCAGGCGCCCCCGCAUCCGUAGACGAAGAACGAUCGAUCGCGGCCCAGUGGCACGAGUCGUGUCCAACCCUAAAGACCAUCAUACUUCCAAGGGGGAUGGUAUGGUUUCAGCGAGAAGGCAAGUGGACUUCUUGGAAUGACACCGAGCAUCCUCCGAUCUUGUUGUGAACCAUCUGCAGCUAAAUUAUUAGUGGACACUGGACAGUAUAUUGCAAGUAUAGUGACGCUUGCAAGAAGUGGGCGAGUAGGAUACGAACGGUAGAAAUCAAUACAGGG